UCUGGUCCAACAGAUUUCGGUUUAUUCCACCUGUGACCUAAUCUCUGCAUGCCCGAACUGCUGCAACCCAAUUCAUCAAAUUCAGCCACGCCGCCGCCGUGAUACGACGGUGACUCCGACCACCGUACUCAUUUCUCUCUGUCCGGUUCAGGGGCGAGUUCUGGCAUCAAGUGGUUCCAUCCCCUUCCGAUCGCAGUUGCGGGGAAUCGAACCGUGAUUCGAUUCUACCAAAUCCAGCGUCAAUCACCACUGGACUAACUAACGAUUGAUCUGAGGCUUGUUCCUGGUAUCUGACUGGUUGUUUAAGUCCUUAAAAAUGGAAGUGAUGGUGAAAAAGUUUCAGUCAAGAUUCCAAAAAGUUAGGGAAGAAAUGAAUCAGUGGAAUGAUCUUCAAUCUCGCUUAGUUUCCCAGUUUACGAAUGCUUCCCAUAUUUUGAAUAGGUUGCAGGUGCUUCAAAAAUCUAGCAAUUAUGGUAUUCUAAAUUGUGUUGCUGGUGUUAAAGAUGGUCUUUUGGAAAAGCAGAUUGGUUCUUUGAAUACCAUUUUGGUUUCCAUGAAAAGGACUUUGGAUAAGUUUCAUCGUAUUGUCUUAUCUCUUGAGAAGACUAGUCGUGAUGGUAGACAACUAGUCAAAGGUAGUUCUUCUCGCCCAACCAUGAAACAAUUGCAGCAGCGUGUUGGUGUCAAACCUAGACUUAUUGAUUGCUUGGACGGCCUUUUGUUUCUACAUGAAAUAUACUACUCAGAGUAUUUGUUAAAAACAUCAGUUGUAUCAGCAGUAUCAUCAAUAGCCUUAAUGCCCAGUGCUGGUGAUCUUGGUGCCCUACAGCAACUCUUGGUUGAUCAACCCAAUAUCGUUACUGAGGAAGUUCAAUUUUUGAUGGAUACAAUUUUUGCUGAAGAUUUGUGUUGAUAAUGUGGUAAGCUUUUGUACAUCAAGGGAGCCUUUUGAUCCGACAGGCAUAGUUAAUGCAUAUUAGAUUAAGCUAAUUUGUUAUUUUUUAAUGCUAAUAAUUUAUGAAUCGUAUAAUUAUACCGAGAAAAGAGAUAAUUCACUGAUCGUAUAAUUAUUCUGAGAAAAGAGAUAAUUCACUGACCGUGUAAAUUAAUUUUACACUGACAGAGUAAUAUAUUUCUAUUAGAUGGGAGUGUGAUCCUUCACACUCACACUGUAGCCAUUCACUUCUUCAUCCAACUUCAACUUUGUUAAAGUAUUCUAUCUUAGCAAUGGAAGAUGAGGUGAUCCUAUUAAAUUCUUGGCAUGAGGGUCCUGAUUGCUCUUAGGUUGUUCAAAAAAUUCAAGAAUUGAAUCGAAUCGAAUCGUCGAACUAAAUCGAAUUGAAGUUAAAAUAAUUGAAUUGUUAUGUUUGAUUAGUGAACCAAAACCAUAAUACACAAAUAGUUUUAAAACUGAAUCGAAACUGAAAUCGGACUAGACUGAAACUAAACUCGAACCGAUUCAAAAUUGAAAAUAAAAAAUACUUAAAAUAAGUUAAAUUUUUGUAAAAAAAAAAUAGCUUAACGAUUCAGUUCUCUAGAAAUAGAUCGAUUUGAGAAAAUUAUCUUCUAAUGGUUAGGUAUAGUUCGGAAUUUUGAAAUGGUAUACCAAAUCAAUGAUUUUGGUUCGGUUCUAUUCUUAAUAAAUUGAAACGGUUCGGUUCAAUUUGAAUGAAUUUUUACUAUGGUUCGGUUUAAUUUUCUCAUGAACUGUACCAUGAUCAAUCCUAAUUGCCCUUGAGUAAAAUGGUAUAU